ACACAAGGAAAGAUAUUCAUGCUUAGUUAGGCUAGAUAAUAUCUCUUUCUUGUUUUACUGGAUCUGUCACAAUUAUUGAUAAGGUGAAAAAAUAGCAUAAAAAUGCAGGGUCCAAAUUAGUAUAAGUUUAUUUGAAACAUGUUUCUGUUUGAUUUUUUAAGGAAACAUAUAUGUAAAAUUCCUGAACACCCUCAGCCCCAGGUUUAAAACAGGUUCUAGCUCACUAUAGGCAAGGGCAAAGGGGAAAACAGAAUAUAGAAGGGCGGGUCAUACAAGUGGAGGAAGGUGUGGGGGUUUUCAAUGGCGUAUACUUGUACAUGCUCAUCAAAAGGACGUUAAUGGUCAGAAUGACAUUCACAAAAUAAAUUUGGCAGAAGAAUUGUAAUGGUUUUGUUGACACGUUACACAUGAAAUGCUGUGAAGUAGCUCAUUUGUAAACCGCAGCUUGUGGAUGCUGUUGCCAGUGUUUGAGUGGCCCCCGUGGAUGUGACUGUCAGUUAAACCCAAAUACUAGGCUCUGCCUUUGUGACAGAAGACCGGGGAGUGUCAGGCUGAGUGACAGUUGUGGUACUUCGUCACCACUGUGAUGUUUACACUGACGUGACACAGAGGUUAAUGACAUCAGUGACAUCGCGACAAGGUCACUGGUCUGAAUGACAGUAAUCGUCUGUUUUCGAAGAAAAAUAGUCCUUUCGUGAUGUAAGAAUCGGUGAGAUGAUCACAUUCAUUGAUUACCUGAUGAAUCACGUCUCACUCCCAUAAACCUGUCAGUGAAAGCACAUAUAAUUCCAAAAUAUAUGACCAGGCUGUGUUUUGUACGUUGGAAGGAAAACAACUAGGGUUGUGUAGAGAGGACGAGAACAGGAAGUAGAUACUCAGUGAACACAUGGAGUUUCUCUGACCUCUGACCUCUCAGGGGUACCCGGUAGUAGAUACUUGGAUUGUGUUUUUGUGAAGAGUUAAAUAUCAUACCAAGAACUAUUGUAUAAUAUAAUUUAUAACAUGCCCCUGACAUUAUACAAUGGGUAAAGAGACAUUAUACAAUGAGUAAAGACAAGGUUUUAAAGGCCAACUACAUGAAACUAAUAGUGGGAUUGGUGCACUUGGGAUUCCCAGUCAGAAGUAGUGUUGUAGUGACAUAAAUCAAAGGAUUGUACUCCACUGACUUUAUCUGCCCCAGGGUAUGGGACAACCGUGUAUGGAAGGACAUUGUGUUGGCGCUAUUGAUCCCAAACGGUAGAAUGACACUGAUGAAUCUGAUUACACGCCUUUUGAUAAAGUCGGAAACUUGAAUGGAUAUUGUGACUGUGGAGUAGCUGUCUCAAUGAGUUAAAGCCUCAUUUUUUCAUACCCUGCUAGAAAUAUUGCAUUUCUAUCAUAUUGUCUUAUUCAGGGCAUUGUUAGGUUAAUUUAUCAAAUGAGGCUGUGAACUAAGUCCUACUGUUGUGUCAUUAAGCUGCAUCACGAAGCUGGAUCCUUAAGCAUGUCCCAAACAUCCAUCCCAAAGCGGAGACCCUAAGCCUGGUCUUUUCCCUAUCUCCUUAAGAUCCAUACUUAAACUGAAUCCUUAGUUUGUGUCCUUGAGCUAUCAGAUUUUCGGAAUAUACUCCUUUUCGUGGGUCCUCGUAAGGAGUUACUAUGGCUUUUGUGAAGAAGCGAGAGAGAAUGUCGAAUCAGAGCAUCUCGGGUGUGGGUCUCUCCAAGCGGGAGAUAAAGAAGAACUACAAGUACCUGGUACGGAGCCUGCUGACCGAGGCGGAGAAGGAGUUCAUGUACCGCUGUGCCAAGAAGUACCAGCGAUCACGACACAUCGAGAUCUUCUGCCAGGAACUGGUCCAGAUCAUCAACACUCCAGGCAAGCUUCGUCUCAUGCCCUACAUACGCACCAUCGUGUCCGAGUUUGACAAACACGACUUCGACAAAUUCGUUGCCAGGCUGGACUACAAGAUAGAAGGAAGAACUGACUUCACUAUUGGAUCAAAACCUGACACCUAUUCUUUGGCGCCAUCUGUGAGGUCAAGCAUUCCCAAUGGCCGGUCGGACCUGCGUGUAAUUGUCAUACCCCAUAGAGACGAGAACCUUGGCUUCAGCAUACGAGGGGGCUCUGAACACGGACUUGGGAUCUUCGUUAGCGAGGUCGACGACGGGUCCACAGCAGCUGCCUCUGGUUUAGAAGUUGGUGAUCAGAUUCUUGAGGCAAACAACAUCAGUCCUUGAGAACGCGGCUUGCAGCAGUGCAGUGAGGGUGUUGACUGUCACCGACCGCCUCAAACUGGUAGUGAAGAGGGUGGGCAAACUACCCGAGUGGAAGUUCGCACGUGAAAAGGUUCUGUGGUAUGACGUCCAUGAAGGUGACAUCAUUUCUGCCGCACCUACAGACCCGGACACAUACCACAUCUCAGGCCUUGACCGCCAACAUCUCCGGGAGAAACGAG